GCGUCCUGUGCGAGUCCCACACUCAACUAACAAUAGUUUGUCAAGCUUGAGAAAUCCAACGUGCCCUGAAUGCCUCACUGACGCUCCUGUUCCGUCAUCACUGUGUGACCUGUCUUUACAGUGAGCAUGGUACACAGUUUCACUUGUAGUUUUUAUUUCUGUAGCAGUUUUCUUCUAACUUGCGGAGGAUGAGCAUGGAUGUGACUUUCCUCGGGACCGGCUCAGCCUACCCGUCUCCUCACCGCGGCGCCUCGGCUCUGGUGCUGCGGACAGAGGGGGAGUGCUGGCUGUUUGACUGCGGAGAAGGAACCCAGACACAGCUGAUGAAGAGCCAGCUCAGAGCCGGUCGAAUCACCAAGGUUUUCAUCUCCCACUUGCAUGGAGACCACCUGUUUGGUCUGCCUGGUCUCCUUUGCACUGUGAGCCUCAACACCAACUGUGACCCCCAGCAGACCCUCAACUGUGUGGACAUCUACGGGCCCCGGGGCCUCAGACAGUUUCUCAGAGUGACGCUUGGUCUUACAGGCUCACAGCUGAUCUUCCCUUAUGCAGUACAUGAGCUGGAGCCCACAACUGACCAGAGUCCAGAAGAGGGACAGCUCAGUGCGGAGAUGACAUUGGAGCACGGCCCUCCACACCCACAGGAGCAGCCAGGCAGGACGAUCUCCCUGGAUGUCUCCAGUGACAGUUACCUCCUCUUUGAAGACAAGAAGUUUGUUGUCAAGGCCUUCAGAUUGUUUCACCGCAUCCCCUCUUUUGGUUUUUGCGUUCAGGAGCAUGAUCGACCAGGAAGACUGAAGACUGAACUCCUAAAGGAACUAGGCCUAAAACCAGGCCCGCUUUAUGGACGGCUGAAAGCUGGAGACCCCGUAACCCUGGAGAGCGGGCAUGUAAUUCUUCCUAGCGAGGUGCUAGAAGAAGCCAUUCCUGGGAGGAAAGUCUGCAUUUUAGGCGACUGUAGCUCAAUUGUCGGGGAGGGACCUCUGAUGUUGUGCAGUGGAGCAGAUCUUCUGGUUCACGAGGCCACCCUUGGGAACGAGCAACGAGAGAAAGCAGUGGACCAUGGACACAGCACACCUGAAAUGGCGGCAGCGGUGGCUCGGGCGUGCUGUGCACGGAGGCUGGUGCUGUACCAUUUCAGUCAGAGGUACAAACCCUGCUCCCUGCAGAAGGAAGGGGAUGAGGAUGACGUCUCGGAGCUCAAGAGACAGGCUGAAGAUGCUCUACAGGACAGUGGUAUAGAAGUGACUCUAGCUGAGGACUUUCUGACUCUGCCUGUUCCUCUGAAAAGAUGAAGGCAAUGAACUACUGAUCUAGUUUUGAUAUUGUAGAUCCUGUAGAUCUCAUAAAAAAAUGGAAAAAGUCUUGGCAGAUACAAGAAUAAUUUGAUAAUCAUUCUAAGACAUGAAAAUUAGGUAAAAAGGUAGGUAUUUUAACUAGAACUGCAAAAAAAAAAAAUAAACAUGUAAAAGGGGACAUUUUUACAUAUUUGUUCAUCUUUUAGCUGCACUUUAUCAAGUUUAUUAUUAAAAAACCCUGAAAUUAUUAAAUGGGAGUAGUCAGUUGGCAAAAGAAAAAUCUCAGCUAAAUGUCAACUCACUUUCUAGCUUAAGCUUACAAUCUCGCACCAAGUUUUCCAUGAGCAUCCAUUAUGGUUGAGCUGUUGACUCAGCCGCUUACUUGCUCAUUCUGGCUUUCAACUGUAUCACAUGGCCUUCAUCAGUAGAUCCACUGUCAAGCUGAAAUUUGAAGUAAACUUGGACAGGACUGAGCAAAUAAUGAAGAUGAUGUGUAUUACACUUGAAAACUUCAGAACAGCCUACAGUCUGUCAAGCUAAACAAAACGUAGAGAUGGACAGCCUUUUAAUCUUUAUAUGAAUUAAUUAGUAAUUCUUCAAAUGGAAGAAUCCAAAAAGGUCAAAAUUUCCAUUUUAUUAGAAAUUUUCCUAAUUAAACUGUGUGAAUGAAUCAUGUCAUAGGUUUGUCUUGUGUUUUCUUUCAGUUUGUAAUAUCAACACUUUUUUUUCAACACAUUUUUCUAUAUGACUCAGUGAAUGUAGCUUGUGUGAUGACAAAGAAUAUGUGAUCGUCUGUGAACCUUUUCCAGAGCUUUAUUUCUGGAUCUGUACACAAGGUAUUAAAGUACAACAGAAAAUACAAAAUAAUGUUUAACAAAAGAAAAAAAAAGAAAAAAACAACUCAAUGUUUAUGUACAAUUCUUAUAAACAAUAAAGAUAGCUUCUGAACAUUUCUCAUAGUGAAGUUUUUGAUUGUCUAUAUUUCUGGAUAUACAUUUUUAAGUUUUGUAGGUUUUUUUAUUCACAAAGGUGUUUCUGUUUUCGUCAAAGGACUCGAGUUUUCGUUUUCAAAACCACAACUGCUAUAAUUUUUUUUUCCUUUUUAAACUUCAAAACACAAUACAAAAUAUAAAAUAAAUUUGUUUAGUGCUUGCUUGCACACACAAGUCUCAUACCAGAGAUAUCAAUAAUAUAUCACAUUUUUCGAGAGUUCACAGGGUGGUGAAAAAACCUACUUCUACUACUUAAUGGCCUUUACAUUCUCAGUUUUUCUGAGUCUUUGUACAAACCACAGGUGAAAUAAAUAUCACUGCACUGCUAAAGCUAGAAGAGCUUGGAGGACCUACUGCAUUAUGCACAUUGCAUUAAAAAGAGAAACUAGCUCUCCACAUACUUAGAGCAGCAGCCAUCCCUUUACCAUCAAGACAAUUAUAGACGACGACAUGUAAAAAGAUUUUUUUUCUGUGUUUUUUUUUUUGUUUUUUGAGGAAAGAAAGAUGAGCGUCUUUUACACAUGGCUGCAAGUUUCAAAUGCAAAUUUGCAACACUGAGUAAUAUCAAUACGUCUUCAGGUAAAGCCGUUUUCAGUGGUACACUUGAGAAAACAGACGCAGCUGGCAUGCAUGGUUUCAGCUGGGUCAUGGGGGGGUCUGGGUAUCAUGACUUUCCAAAGAGAGAAGGGGGAAAAUAAAAAUAAAAAAUUCAAACACCAAGUCAACCGGUAAAAUGCAAACCCAAAAUGUCUGUACAUAUCUACAAAUUAUUGCCUUCUGACAAGGAAUCAAAUUAAAACAUUUGUAUUAACACAGAUUCACAAGUGUAAGAGGUCAGUUAAUAGACUUUUUAAAGGCUAUUUGCUAAAUAUUUACAUGAAACACAGAUGUGAAUAUCUUCUCUGAUGCCGGGAAACUGAAUUAUUGAUCAAACUUAAUGAUGGUUUUUAAGCAUGAAUCCUGUCUGGUGAAUAACAACAUCUAUGGACAUAACACACACACACAAAAAAAAAAAAGAUGUACCCCUGAAACAAACUAAUUAUUCAUAGCACAAUGCAUAGAUAAAUUAAGUAAACACUACUACUGCAUCCAAUCAACUGACGAUGACCCUCUAAACAUUUUACAAUUCACGAUGAACUUCAGUCAAGAGAAAACAGCUCCGUUUCUGCUACUAGACUCCCAAGAAAUCGUGGGCCAGAUUAUACAAGGCGUUCUCUAGUCAGUACAGGUUAGGCAGAGGUUAAAUACAACGAACAGAGUGGCUUUAAAUAAACAGAUAAUACUGCUAACAGGUUCACCCAAGCUUGCAAAGUGGUCUAAAAAAAAAAAAAAAAAAAAAAAA